AUGGAGGCCGCGCCCGGGAGCGCCCCGCCGGCCCCCGCCGUCGCCGCUACCGCCGCGGCGCUGCGGCUGGCGCUGGCGGCGCCGGGGCUGCCCGACGGCCCCUUCGGCUGCCCCAUCUGCCUGGACCUGCUCAAGGACCCGGUGACGGUGCCGUGCGGCCACAACUUCUGCCAGGGCUGCCUGGGGGCGCUCCGCGAGCGGCCCGGCCCCCCCGCCGCCAACGGGGCGGCCCCCGCCGCCCGCUGCCCGCUCUGCCAGGAGCCCUUCCCGGCGGGGCUGCGGCUCCGCAAGAACCGCGCCCUCUGCGAGGUGCUGCCGCUGCUGAGCGCCGCGGCGGGCUCCCCGCCCGGGGGCAGCCCCUCGACGCCGCCGCCGGGGCUGGGGCCGCCGCUGGGGCCGGGGCCCGGCUCGCCGCUGGGGCCGGGGCCGGGCUCGCCGCCGAUGGCGCCGGGCGCCGAGGAGGAGGAGGAGGCGGCGGCGGCGGCGGUGCUGUGCGACGUGUGCCCGUCGGGGGCGCGGGCGGCGGCGGCGCGCUCGUGCCUCGUGUGCCUGGCGUCCUUCUGCGGGCCGCACCUGGAGCCGCACCGGCGCGCCGCCGCCUUCCGCGCCCACCGCCUCGUGCCGCCGCUGCGGCGCCUGGAGGAGGGUCUCUGCCCGCGGCACCUGCAGCCCCUCGACGGCUUCUGCCGCGCCGAGCAGACCUGCGUGUGCGCCCGCUGCCGCGCCCACGAGCACCGCGCCCACGACGUGGUGCCCCUGGAGCGCGAGCGCGAGCACAAGGAGGCCCAGCGAGCCAAAUUCCUGAGCAAUGUCGAGAAUGAGCUGGAGGAGCUGGCAGUCACCAUCGCGCAGACCAGGAAGAUGGUGGAGCUCAUUAAGGGCGCCGCCACCAAGGAGAGGGAAAAAGUGGAGAAGCUCUUCACAGAAGCCUCCGAGGUGCUGGCGACCUUCCAGAAGGAGGUGGCCGGUUUCAUCGAGGACGGUGAGCGCUCCACGCUGGCGGAGGCUGAGACUGAUCUCCACUGGAAGGAGGAGAGGCGAGCCAAGCUGGCCCAGUGCAAGCAGAACCUGGAGAACGUCCCCAGCACAGACACCAUCUACUUCCUCCAGGAGUUUCAGGCCCUAAAAAUAGCUAUGGAAGAAAAUCUCUCCCCUGCUCGGAGCUUCCAGAAGGAGCUGAGCUUCACCAGAUCCACCCAAGCCGUGUGCACAGUGAAGGAUGUGCUGUCAGCCGCCUGCAAAAACCAGUGGGACCACUUGCUGGGAAAAGGAGUUGACGGGCUGAGCUUCCAGGAGACGGAGGAAGCGGUGGCUGAGUCGCAGUUUCCAGACAAGUCGAACAAUCCCGCCUGCCCGGAGAGCCGCGAUUACUUCCUGAAGUUUGCCUUCAUCAUUGACCUGGACAGCGACACAGCUGACAAGUUCAUCCAGCUGUUUGGCACCAAAGGGGCCAAGCGGGUGCUUUGCCCCAUCCCCUACCCGGAGAGCGUGACACGGUUCAUCAACUGUGAGCAGGUGCUAGGCAAGAACCUCAUGAACCGCGGCAACUACUACUGGGAGGUGGAGCUCAUCGACGGCUGGGUCAGCAUUGGCGUCAUCACGGAGGAUUUCAACCCCAGGGAGUCCUACGACCGCGGCCGUCUGGGGCGGAACGAGAAGUCCUGCUGCCUGCAGUGGAACGGUCAGAACUAUGUGGCCUGGUUUGGUGGCUUUGAGACUGUCAUCCAGCAGCCGUUUUUCCACACCAUUGGGGUCUUCCUGGAGUAUUCAGAGAAGGCCCUGACAUUCUACGGAGUCAAGGACUCCAAGAUGACCUGCCUGCAGCAGUUCAAGGUCUCCCGUUUUAAGAAGGGUCAGUUUGAUGCUUUCCAGAACAAGAUCAACCACCAGUUCCCCUCUCUGUUCUCCUACGACCUGAAACCAGCCUUCUUCUUGGAGAGCGUCGAUGCCCACCUGCAGAUCGGGCCGCUGAAGAAAGAUUGCGUUUCGGUGCUAAAGCGCAGGUAACUUCCCAGGGAGCUGGAGCAAGGGAAGACCCAGAAGAGUCUCUCGUGCAGUAGCUUGCCCCUAUCAUGGCUUCUCUUUGAUAGCAUCGUAUUUCUCUGUGACGGCCCUCCCUCCUCCUUAUCUGCUGCUUGCGACCCAGGAGUGGAUGAAGCUGUCUAGUGAGCACAGCAGUGGACUGGGACCAGGAGGACCCGGAUUCGAGUCCUAGCUCUGCCACUGGCCUGCUGAGCGAACUUGGGCGAGUCCUGUUGCUGCUCCGUGCCUUAGUUUCCCUGUCUGCACGACAAGGAUGCCGAUCUGGGCUUUCUUGCUGAAGCACAUUGCUCAUGCAAAGUGCCGGGUGAAAUCGAAGCUGCACGUUGGCCCAGCUGCGAGGUUGCCUGGUUCCUUGCUCCUGAACAGCUGCUGGCGCUGCCCUGGCGACUCGUGCAGACGCUCUGCUUUGCGCCUUCUCUCGGGCUCUGUGCAGCUGCUUGUUUGGCUCCCCAGCACCAUCCACGUGCUCCUUUCUGCAGUGCCUUGGAAACAGCCAGCCGGGCAGAGCCCAAAGCGGGCACCUCCGCUUCCCUGGCGCCGCGUAGCCGUCGUGCCUCGGCCGAAGGGGGCUGCUGGGGUGCUGCCGCGGCGCCGCAGCCUGCCGCAGCCGCGCACCGGAGACCCUCCCGGCAAGAAACGCGAGCAGCGCCGGCGAUGAGGCUGACGAUGUGCUUUCAGCAGGCGCGUUUCUCAGCGACUGCUUGCAGGAGCUUUACAGUCAGAUUUCCCCCUGAGUUUUCUGAUGGCAGUAAUUCACUGUGCUAUUUGGGGGGAUUUUAGUACUGUUAAGCUCCCAAUUCCUAAAGCAGUCAAGGUGCAGCUGAGCUGCAAACGUCCCCUCUAGCUUUCAGAGGUCAUUACAUGCCAAAGCGCUGCCACGAGCGCGUCCGGGGGGCAAGCGGCGUGCUGUAGGGACUGUUGCGAGCGAGUUGAUAACAGGCACAUUGGGGGCAUAUCUCAGUUCUUAAGGGACUCUGGCAGUAAGUAACACUCAGCAAGAACGACUCUCGAGGAAGUAUCUGCUCUGGCAAAGGUGGAAACUUCAGGCCGAGACAAGACGGCAGCUUCUAAAGGAGCUUUUCCAGGUCCGCCCCGGAGCUGGUGCGGCGGCGGUGCCGAAGUCCCGCUCGCAGCAGCAGCACAGGCAGCUCCCUGUCUCGGGGCAGCGUGCCUUUCUAGAAGUUUAUUUUUUCUGGGGUUAGUUUGUUACCUACCUCCUGAAGCUUGCUUUACAGAAAUUAAUGCUGCCUACUGUGUAACACGUAACUAGGGAGGAAAAUACAGAUUCGUCUCCGGCAUGAGUGAGUCACUGAUGACGCGUCGGUGUUGAGCAGGGGUGGAAAAUGGCCCAUUUAUCUAUAUAUAUAUGAAGAAAAAUAUACAUCUCCCAGAGGAUAAGCUGGAAAACAUAGUAGUAUAUUCAAGGGGAGCCAGGGAGAACAGGCAGACGCAUGGCCAAGAGGUUUAAAGUUAAAGCCACAUUUACAUAAACACUGAGGCUUUUAGAGCUCCUUUACCUUAACUAGUCAAAGGGCCCCGGGUUACCGGCGCUGCCGGAUCCCCGGCCGCCCGCCCCGUCUCCCCGCCGGGGCGUCCCUCUCUGCGGGGCGUCCAGGCUGGACGUGCCGGUGACGGCCACCACUUCCGUCUCAGACCCGGUGGGGGCGGUGAGCCCUAAACCGUGGCAAGCGGUGGGAAAAGGGGAAGUGCGUCUUUCAGCGCUAAAUCUUUGGAUGAAAUCCCGACCUUUCCUGGCCAGUGGGAAUGUUGCCCGGACUCGUGUCCGGACAGGAUUUUGCUCCUUGUGUCCCGAGCUCCUGCCUCGAAAACGCUUUGUUUCCCCCGCGCCAGCCUUUCCUGCCUGUGUUUGCCUUUUUGCACGAGCUGUCAGCGGUGACACGGCGCAGCGAUCGGUGCUGUUUUGUUAGCACCAGGGAGGCCCCGGCAUCAGAAAUGGUGUAACCGGAUUAAAAAGCUAGAGACGUGCAGCAGCCCGGGCUUGGCGGUGUCCCGAGAGGAAGAGGGAGAUAACCCCGAUCUCUGCUGGCCGCCCGCAGGAAGAGAUCCCGCAGGCUGCGCCAGCGUCUCGGCUCUAUCUGGCCCCAGUUGGGACUGUUAUUCAAGCAAAACUCCCGCCGUUACAGUGAGGAGUUUUGCCAGAGUAAAUAGAGCAGAUCCGGGCCGUCGCCCCGUUUCGCUCGGCCGUGGGCGGCUCGGGGGCUCCCGGCGGGACCGCGAGCCUGGGGGCUGCGGAGCCCUCCCUGCGCCGCGCGAAUCCCUGAGCCCCUGCAGGGUUUUGGAUGCUUUGGAGGGAUCCUACGCUUUUCCCUUUCCUCUCGGUCCCGGUCGCCAAGUGGGAGCAGCUCGAGGGCGGUUUGCCGUGCGUCCGGGCUCUGCGGUCAAGGGCCGGUUGCUUAAUUCAUCUCUGCCCCAUUAGCUAGAAUACGGAUAUGCGGCUUUACAGAGGAUUUUGAGGGCUCCUGUAAAUGCGAUGCAGCUGGAAAGCGUUAUCAAACCUUCUCCUUUCCUACUGCUGCUUUUCUUCCAGAUUUGAAGUGCUAUAAAUCCUCAUGUUUCAGGGCAGAAAGCAAAUUCUAACUAAAUUCCGAUGGGAACAGUCGCCCCCGCCCUGGGCUGUUGGACCAGAGUUUGCUUGGACACACUGAUCCCAUCAGCGUGUGGUGUAAACUGGAAUGAUUAGGAAAUGUGCAUUGCAUCAACCCUGGACCUCUGAUUUUUGCUGCCAUCGGAACGAUAAAUGUGGUGUGUCGUGGGUUUAGAUAGGUAGCACUGUGCAACUGAAACAGCCUUUCCAUGUCCUCUUAUUUCUGCUGUCACAGAGCAUUCCUCUUUUUAAUUAGGAUUUUUAAAAUAUACAGUUACUGUAGAGUCUUUUACAGUGUGUGAAGAAACUGUAACAGGAUAAUAUAAUGAUACUAGAGACUACAAAUUGCCAUUAAAUAUUAUACAGACAUA